CCUCGCACUGGUUAUGAGCGUGGGGUAGACACCGAAAGCAACGACUACUUGAUUAAUCUGAAGAACGCCUCCAAAACAUGAGAUACUGGACCUAAAGAGUUGUGGUAAAUUAGAAUGGGGGAUUUUUUGGGGACUGGCGAAGCAGCCCUUAUCAGGGCUGUCCGGUCCUUGGACCAGGGCGACCUCGAAACGAUACCGGACAGACUCGAAAGAGUGUUGGACGCCCUUUCUGAGUACCCGAGAGGCAGCUUCCAUGCGGCGGCCGAGAUGCUCCUGAGAUGGCUCCUCAAGAACAUGACCGGUUCAUCUGUGAACGCCGAGCGGGUUAGGCGAUACCCACCGUCUUGGGACCUUCUGGCCGCCGUCUUUGCCUUUAUCCCGUCUUCGUCCCUGGCGAAGUCGCUUGCCGACCGACGCUUCGUGGGCAUCCUUCAGCAGACGCUCAAGGAUAUCGCCGCGCCGCAGGAGACAGCCCAGACAAACGGGGCCGAUUCGGACGUCGAGAUGACCGACGCACCUGCACAAAGUCCUGCGAAUCCUAGGAAACGGAAAAGAUCCGAGCUCGCGAGCUUCAAUAUCACCGUUCAGAGGCAAGUAGUUGGUUGCCUGCAGACCGCCGAAGCUGUUUUCGAGGCUCUUCGGAUCCUCCUAUCCCGGUGCGAAGUCAAGCCGGUUGAUGGACCGGCUACUUACCGAAUGGGUGCCGAGCACAUCAAAUCCCUGUUCUCAUUACCAGCCGCUGAGGUAAUGGCCAUUCUUGUCCCCUGGCUUACAUUGUGCGGUGUAGCAAUGGAUAGGCCCACUGCCGAGCCGCUGAAAGAGCAGGCAUCCUGGUUGUCUACUUUCACUGCAUUGUGGGAACUGCACCUUCAGACCGCUAGUGACGCGUCUGAAGUUGCAACCCACCUAUCCGGGAUAGGUGCCAGGCUCCUAGGGAGGCUGAAGGGUAUCCCGCGCCGUGUAUCUCUCGGCAUCGACCCGGCUGCCCAGGCGCGUUGGGUACGAGACCUGCACCGUUUUCUGACCCGCAACCUGGUUCUCCCGGCAAGAGCGGCUUUUCUUACCAGAGGAAGCCAAGAAGUAGUGCAAAUUGCCGUCGACAUGUCCAGUGCUUCGGCCCACACUGCUUUCCCCCUUCUGUUCGACCUUGUCACCAAAUCACCACAAGAGUUUGGUGGUAAGACCUCCAAGAAGGACUACGAAAGCUGGGUCCAAGCCUUUUUUGACGCUAUACUGCAUGCGUCCAAGAAUAUAGGUCGUGAGAGCAGUGCGACGGCGGUUCGGACAAUCAUGGAGAUGGCAGCAGAACGGGGCACCGUCCUAUCACCACCAAGUCUCCGUGCAGUCUGUAAGCGCUACGCGCUCAAGUCAAAUGCAUAUGACUGGAGACUGCUCCUCUCGAUCGUAAAGUUGAACCCUGAUGUCUUCCUACUCUCAGAAGAGGGGAAAGAGCUCCUUGAACAAGUUCUUGAGGAGACUCGGAGAUCCGAUGCUCUAAGCCCAGGAGAUUUCGAGAAGGCGGCACAGUUCAUCGUAUUGCUAGCAGAAGGGUAUGCGCAGGGUCGCGAUCUGUCCACGUUUAUCAAGACCUGGCUCAAGUAUCUCGCCCCUGCUAAGCCCAAGGGUGCCCUCCAGCCGCUCUGGGCCCAAAAGGAACUCGCCAACACAGUGGCAAGGUUGAUUCAAUCAUCUCUUAGCACCAGCCAGCUCAUCGAUGUUCUUGAGUGGCUGGAUUCUCAGGGGCAGCCAGCAGACAGCAUGGCCAGGAUACACAUUCUUGAAGCUAUCUCGUCUGGCAUUACCCAGGAGGAGUUCAUUGACGCUACCAACAUGAAGACGUUCCAUGGCGUCUUCUCGGCAACAUACCAUAAAAAGGAGAUGCCCGCCAUCUCGGCGAGUAGAUGGACAGUAGCCUCCAGGGCCAUUGCCAGGGGAACACUGGAGGAAGCUGGUCAGAUCUGGUCGCAAAACAAAUCAGACCUCAAGAGCAUCCUCCGGAAGUUCCCAAUAGACCGGGAAGAUACCCUCGCUGCUUUCAAGUGCUGCGCUGCAGCCUGGUUGGCGAACUAUCCCGGUGCUGAGCACGAGGAUAGCGCAGCAAGUUUGAUUUGUGCCUUCGUCAAGAGACUGGAGAAAGAAGGUGAACUCCCAGAAGGGGAUAUGAGCGAUGACAACCCUUCUAUUUCCAGAGAAACGUAUAUCGCUUGGAUCAUUUCGGAUGCGCCUCGCCUUCUGAGCCUGUUCCUGGAAAGGGAGGGGUACAUCCCGAACUGGAUACCCCGUCUCAUAUCUGCCCCCGAAGGGCAAGAUGCCAGCCUCAAUUCCGCUCAGGCUUUAUCUCGAGUCCUGUUACAGCGCGAAAGCAGCAUCAACCACCAGAAACUCAUGGAUUUGUUGGUAGAGAGGGUGAUACCGCUGAUCGACAUACCUAAGGCUGGGGGACUUGGAUCUUCCACCAAACUCGCUGUCCAGUUCUUGCUGGAUGUUCCCAUUGAGACGCUGACCCGAUCUCAACGAGAGACCGCCAUGAAGGCCUUGGUCUCAUGUUUUCCAAAGGAUUUGAAUAAGGUGGAAGGCCAUGGGCCAGACUACUGGAAGCCGGCGUUGAGCCUCAUGGUCAAGUUGAUGGGACGGCCAACCUUCUACGAAGACAUGAGCUUCUCCCACUUGGAGGCAAUAGGACGGUGUCUUUGGAAGGCACAUCAUCUCUCUGCAUUGGCCUUGGCGUCAGGCGAUAUCACUGAGGACAGAUAUAAUUUUCAACUACUGCAACAGUUGGCAGGAUUGACCAUACGGCAGAUGGCAAGCGGGAAUCUUGAGGAACGAGAGAAAGCCUAUCUUACUAACGCCGCCUCAACACUUCGGAAACCUGGCAAAGAGUCAGACAGCGUGCUCCGCCUUCUCCUUCUCCAAGCCUUUAUUACCGCUCUGCAGGGCUCGCCCGCUGUCAAGAAGCUAGACAGGUUGGGGAUAGAGCUGGACAGCCUCAAAAGGGACCUGCUUCAGAUCGCAGUCCCGGCUGUCAAGGCUGGAGCCGUACAAGGCAACAGGCAGCUCUCGAUGGUGGUAGCCCUGGAAGCGUUGGGUAGUCUGGAUCAUGAGACCGUGAGGGAAGCGCUUUCCGACGCUGUUCCGCAGCUUCUUGAAGAUAGCGAUGUGCUUGUUAAGAGUGGCGUUCCGGUUGGAUGGGAUAUGCGUAUUUUCUUGGCGUAUCACUUUCCGGAAAGGCUCGCGUCGCCCCUGAGGGUGAAGCUGCCAGCCGACGCCACGUCAUCCGGGGAAGAACAUGUGGGAACGGCUGCCGCGGCUCUUGGAAAGCUAACUCUUCUGCGUUAUGUCGAUACUGUCGGCAGUGCUGCGGACGAGAAGGCAAGAUUCAGGUACCUCCAAGAUUUACUACUCGAGGACUACGACGAUCAAGAAGCACUUGGCCGGCAUCUGGUCAUUCACCGUCUGGUUCACCAUCUUAAGGGCUGCCGCCCCUCUGACUCUACAGACCGGUUCGACCUUGCACAAGCCCACAGCACGCUUUGCAAUCGCCUCCAGAGGACAACAAAUCCUUCCCUAUUUAUCCUGACCGCCAAGACAAUCAACCUCCUCCUCGACCAGAGUCCCGCAUGCAUGACACAAUGGAACAUUGAGCUCACCCUCAGCAGCAUCGCCAUCAUAUGCUCGCAAUCCUCAACCGAAACCUUGGUCUCUGCCUCGCCAAGGGUCUACGAGUCCCUUUGCAGGCUGGCCGAGGCGGUGAUCAAGCGCCACAGGAAACGUCUCGACGGCCACUUCCACAUCCUGGUCACUGCCCUGCAGGCCCUCUUGCGCUUGCUGCUAUCGCGGCCUCCCCCUUCCGACGCCAACCAGCUCACCACCACCAGCACAGCCACCACAGGCAGCGAAGCAGCAGAAGGGGCAAGACACCAUCACUCCCUAUGGGAGAAGCACGCCAAGCUCUUCUCGCGGCUCCUCACCCUCGUCUGCGAGCCCACGGUGGCGUCCGUCUCCCGGUCCCAGACAAGCGGGCUCGACUCGGAAAAGGACCGGGCGAAGCGGUACACGGGGCAGUUCAUGUACCUGGUACUGAUGCAGUACGUCAAGCUGCAGCUGGAGUACGUGGUGCCGCUCGGCGUCAGGGACGCGCUUGAGGCGGGUAUCUACUCCAUCAUGGACAUCACUACGCAGGACGGGCUCAAAGUCAUGAACGACGCCAUGGACCCGAGCGGGCGCGUGAUUUUCAAGGACCUGUACAAGCAGUAUCAGAAGUUUGGGAAGUGGACUGGCGUAUGAUUCGUGCAAUUGAGAAUAUAUUUGCAGUUGUUCAGAGGUA